AAAAUGGUAAGAAUCCAAACUUUAUUUUGAAUAACAUGAGAUCUGAGAAAUCUUAUUAAAAAAUUCAAAGUAACCCGAAGUUUACUUUGUAAAACGUGAGACGUGUAACUUCUAAUCAGAAAAUGGAGAGAACCAGAAAAAGGCACGUAAUUAAUAUGGGCCACCGGGAAAACAAGAAGAAGAUAUGAAGCCAUAAAUGAGGUGACGUCCUUCUUGAGUUCUCUUUAUUUGCUCUGCGAUCUAUCACUUGCUCCGAUCUUUUGUUUGUUUUGUCUGGCGUUCUUCUUCCACAGCUUUUGCCAUUUAUCAGUGCUCUGGUUUUUCUAACCUUUUCCCCCCUGUGUUUCUUUUCCUAGGGGGGCAGAAGACAUAAAUGGAGAGAUUCUUGGGGUUUGAAUUGUGGGAGACUAAAGCUAGCUAAGGUUUUGUUCUCUUUAACGUCAAAGCCCUUGCUUUACUGUUGGAGCCAAGAUUUCAAAUUUCAAAAACCCAAAUGCAUCUCUCACUAUGGAAACCACUGUCCCACUGCGCCGCCAUGAUCUUUGGCCGGAAAGGAGGAAGAGGAGAGGAGUCCGGCGCAACCAGACCCACCCCUUCUUCCAUCCUGAGACGACUGCAGGAGCUGAAACUCGGGGAAGCCCUGGAAGACUCCUCGGAGAACGGGUCACUGGAAACCAAAGAAGAUGAAGAUGAAGUAGGCUUGGGCAGGUCAAUGUCUCUGGCCAGGCUAAAUGCCCAGAAGGAAUUCUUGAAAGCCACUGCCCUAGCCGCUGACCGGGCAUUCCACACCCAAGAAUCCAUCCCCGAUUACCAAGAAUCCUUCAUCAAGUUCCUAACCAUGUACCCAAAGUUCCAAUCUUCAGAAAAGAUCAUCCACCAGCUGAGACUGAACGAUUACAGUCACCUCUCCGACCCGGAAUCUAAGGUGUGCCUUGACUAUUGCGGCUUUGGGUUGUUCUCCCACCACCAAACCCUCCAUUCUUGGAACACAUCUGGGUUUACCUUAAAACAGAUAACCGCAAACCUCAGCAAUCAAGCCCUGCACGGCGGCGCGGAGGAGGGAACCAUGGAACACGACAUUAAGGUUAGGAUCAUGGAUUACUUGCACAUUCCCGAGAGUGAGUACGCCCUGGUUUUCACCGUCAGCAGAGGCUCUGCUUUCAAACUGGUCGGGGAGUUUUACCCUUUCGACCGGAACAAGAAUCUGUUGACCAUGUUUGACCACGAGAGCCAAUCUGUGAAUUUGAUGGCCCAAUGUGCCAAACAGAAGGGCGCUAAGGUUUCCAAGGCCUGGUUUAGGUGGCCGUCUCUGAACCCUUGUUCGGAGGAACUGAGGAAGGAGAUUUCUAAGAGGAGGAGGAGGAAGAAGAAGAGGGCUUCUGCGGUUGGGCUUUUCGCGUUUCCGGUCCAGUCCCGGGUCACGGGGGCCACGUAUUCGUACCAAUGGAUGGCCUUGGCCCAACAACACAACUGGCAUGUCUUACUGGACGCCGGCUCGUUAGGCCCAAAGGAUAUGGACUCUCUCGGGCUGUCCCUUUUCAGGCCCGAUUUCAUCAUCACGUCCUUCUACAAGGUCUUCGGCUCCGACCCCACCGGCUUCGGCUGCCUCCUGAUCAAGAAAUCGGCGAUGGCGACCCUCCAGACCCAACCCGGUCGGACCGGAUCCGACAUGGUCCGGAUCACGCCCGAGCUGCCUCAGUACCACGGCGACUCUCUAGACUCUUGUUUCGAUUCCGGCUUGGGAUUCGAAGGGGGAGAAGACGAAUUCGGAUAUGGGUCCCAUCUCCCCGCAUUCUCCGGGGUCUUCACGUCGAAACAGGUCCAAGACAUGUUCCUGGAUUUAGAAGACGAUAGCUCCUCGGACCGGGACGGUUCAAGCACCAGGUACGAGGAGGAAGCGGACAGCGAAUACGGGUAUUCGGGCCGGAUCGGGUCGGGUUACAGCCCGUACCUGAACUCAGACUAUUCGGGUCAAUUCCUCUCCGCGAAAGAGUGCGAUUUCAGGCUGUCGAGAAGAAGAGAGCUGAGGCGCGUCGGGAGGAAGGACCCGGAGAUAAUCUGCUGCCAUCUGGACCACGUGGAUACCCUGGGCCUCAACAAAACAAGCCACAGAUUAAGGUGUCUUGCAAACUGGCUCGUCACUUCGCUCCUGCAGCUCCAGUUCCCCAACGGAGGGGCUCUGGUGCAAAUAUAUGGCCCCAAGGUGAAGUACGAAAGGGGCGGGUCGGUCGCGUUCAACGUCCGGGCGGAUCGGGACGGCGGUCUGAUUCACCCGGAGACCGUCCAGAAGCUGGCGGAGCGACACGGGAUAUCUCUCGGCGUUGGCAUCCUCAGCCACAUACAGCAGGCGGCCGGCGACGGGGAUCCGGCGGCCGGGAAUUUGGAGGGCGUGGAUUUCGCGCCGUAUAAGCUGAUGUCCAGCGGGUGCCACGACCGCAAGAACCGGCUCUUCCGGGUCGAGGUGGUCACGGCGACGCUCGGUUUCUUGACCAAUUUUGAGGACGUGUAUAAGAUGUGGGCAUUUGUGGCCAAGUUUUUGAACCCGCUUUUUGUUGUUGAUGGAGAAGAAGGCUUGGAUUAGUCUGCACUAUAACAAAUGUCAAUGGUUUUUGCAUAUGGUGGAGACUACAAACGGGGCGUCGUUGUCUACUUUUUGUUUAAACGAAACAACGUCAAUGGGGCGGUGGAGGGGCCCGGGUGAGCGAUUUCGGCCUUUGGAACGCGACCUAAGGAGGAGAGAAUUUUACUAUGAAUGUAAAAUGUUCGUGUUUUUGUCACAUUUUGCAUUGGAGGGUUAGUCUCUACUAGCAUUGUGGACUUGUCUAUAUGGAGAGGUUAGGCUUAUUGUGGAUUUG